AUGUCAAACUCCAGCACGUUUGCGUCGUUCCCUUGCAACUUCUCGACGUUCCAGCAGCAGCUGCCUUGGACGUCGUGUGGCACCGGCACACCCCAAGCUUGGGGCAACCAGACAUGCGUCUACACCUACUUGUACGCUGACAUGUCUAUGACAAGCGGGCUCCUCGCCGCAGACACGUCCACAUUUGACGGCGGCGCGGCCGUGGAUGGCCUGGCCUUCGGAUGCGGCUCCUUUAACCAAGGACUGCUCGACUUCAACUCGUCCGGUACCGGCAUCACCGGCUUUGGCUGCGGCGCCCUGUCCCUUUCGUCGCAGCUCAAAGUCGACAACUUCUCGUACUGCUUCACCAACAUCACGGGGUCCACGCCCAGCGCCGUGCUGCUCGGCCUACCGGUGAACCUCUACGGCAGCGGCGGCGGCGGCGCAACCGUGCAGAUUACCCCGCUCAACAUGACAUCGACUUUCUCCUACUACCUAAAUCUACAGAGCAUCACGGUGGGGUCAACGACGCUGCAGGUGCCGAUGUCCACGUUCGCGUUGAAGGACGACAGCAUCACCAGCGGGACGAUCAUUGACUCCGACACCUCGAUCACGCUGCUUCCGUCGACCGUCUACAGCCUCCUUCAUGACGCCUUCGUCUCCCAGCUGAAUAUGAUGCCCGUGGCCGUCAGUGCAAAUUAA